CAGAUCAUGGCCGACCCCGAGCGGGUCAGCUGCCAGGUCCGCGACCUGAUGUACCUCCACUCCAUGCCGCUGUGGCGCGCGCGGGACACGCCGCAACGGGCUUUUUACCGCCUCUACAAGGCGUUCUGCGCUGCCGACGGGCACAUGAUUACCUACGAGACCGAGUAUUUCUGGCGCCACCCAUCUCCCUCCUGGGCCACCGCCAACAUCCCGGACCCCGAGUGCGAGGACCCGGAGCAAUACGCUGUCAUGGCGUCUUUAGCCGAGGUUCUGGUCGAGUCCUUCUUGUGGCGCCUGGAGCUCGGCCUUCGCAGGAGCGACUCGCCGAUCAUGAACCACUAUAAGAAGCCUCCUCCCUACGUUCCGGAGAUCUGCCCUUCGUGGACGGCCAAGGUACCGCCUCUGAAGACAAAGUUGGUGAUUCACCCUGAGGAGGACGUGUACUUUGACAGCCCGUUUCACCGUCGCAACAUAUAUAUGGCGACCGGCUGGUUCUAUACUGUCUGAAGGACGCCAUCGCAUUCGGACUGCUGUCAGCCGUCGUGCCCGAUGCUUCCGUUUGCUGGCAUCCGCAUCUCA